CUUCCAGAAUCCGCGCGUUGCCGCUCCGCCAGUCGAGGGCGAGCGUGACAAUAGAGGAGGGGGGGGUGCUGUGUGAGAAGGGACAGAAGCACACAAAUGAGUUUUAGUUGAAAGUCCUCGCUCUGCAUAAAAUAUGCGCGAUGCAGUCAAAGAUCUGCAGUGAAACGGCCGCCAAGACGAUGCCGGAGAACGGAGAGACUGAAGAGUCGAGCGCGAAAUCUGACGGGCGACACACGCCACGGCCUGGCGAAUCUGCGGAAAAUGAUGAAGCCUUCCCCUCGCCUGAAUCGGCGGCCGCCCCGGAGGCUCCUUGCCCGGCGGACGAAGGGACCCUGGACGGGGUCACCGCCUCGGGACUGGUUCUGAAUGGGUUCCCGUUCCUGAAGGCGGGCGAGCGGCCCUUCUCCCAGCGCGGGGGGCUCGUCGUGAGCAACGUCCCGCAGGGAGCCAGCGAGGACGACCUGAGGAGGUUCUUCGUUAAGUUUGGGCGCCUCUCCGAGGCGUGCGUCGACUCCGACACGCGGGAAGGAGUCGUGAGGCUGGAGACCAGCGCUCUGGCUGAAAUCGCUCGCACCGAGUUGGACGGAACUUGCUGGGGUCUGCCCGCCCUGCCCAACCCAUCGACCCCGCCGCCACCGCCAGACCCAUCGGCUGACCCCACCACUGCCAGCGCGGACGCCGCCAGCAACGGAGAAUGCAGCCCCGCUGAACUCGCCGACGGCGUCGACGGCGACGACGGCGACGACGCUACCGCGGCGGGUGGGGCGGCAGCAGCCGCGGCAGUCGAACUGGAAGCGGCCGAUGCAGCGCAAGCAGAAGCGGCACCAGAAACGCCGGAGGCGGACGCGGCAGAAGCUGCGGGAAGCGACGGCCCGGCUGAUGGAGAAGCAGGUGAUGCGCCAGGGGAAGAGGGUGAGACGGGCGUAGCGGAGAGCACGAAUGAGGAGGAGGAGGAGGAAGACGCCACGGUGGAGGGAGCGGAUUCGAUUUCGGAGACUCAAGAUGCGGCGCCACUUAACGAAGGCAAGGAGGAGGCCAACGGAGGAGAGGAGGAGGUAAAGGAGGCGGCCGAGCCGCAGGGCCCGAGGGUCCGCGUGCGCCGCGCCCGCCACUCGGCGGCGCUCUCCGUCGGGAACCUCUCGCCCUGCGUCUCCAACGAGCUGCUGGCCGAGGCGUUCGGCCGCUUCGGGGAGGUGGAGAGGUCCAUCGUGGCGGUGGAAGCCUCGGGCAGCGCCAGCGGAGGGAGCCGGGCGUCGGGGCGCGGGCGGCUGGAGUUUGCGAGCACCGAGGAGGCGAGCCGGGCGACGGAGGCGUGUCGCGACGGCGUCUUCCUGCUCACAGCAUGCCUCCGUCCUGUGAUGGUGGAGCCCUUCAAGCAGCUGGACGAGGAGGAGGGGGUCCCGGAGUCGAGCCUGCCCAGAACCCUGCACUACUACAAGGAGCGCUCGAAGGCGCCGCGCUUCGCGACGCCGGGCACCCUCGAGUUUGAGUUUGCGGCGCGGUGCCGCGCCCUCGACGAGAUGGAGCGGCUGCAUGUGCAGCAGGUGGAGCGCGGUGUGCAGCGUGCCCGGGAGAGACUGGAGGCCGAGAUGGAGGCGGCCUAUCACGACCGCGUGCGGCGCCGCGAGGAGAUGCGGCGUCUCGACGAGGAGAGGAGGCGUCACAUGGACGCCCAGCGAGCAGCCUACUCCUCUGACGCGCAGCAUCCCGUCGCGGAUGAACGCCCUGGAACGGAACUGGAAACGGAGGGAGCGAACCCUUACUCCUCUCCUCUGUCGUACAAAUCGGAGUCAGCUCACUCGGCACGCACCACGCCCAUCGCCACACAGACGCAGCAAGCAGCGCAGCAGCACACGCAGCAUGCAGCACAGCAGCAAGCGCAGCAGCAGGCGCAGAAUUCGCAGCAGUACACACAGCAAGCGCAGAUUGCGCAGCACACAGCACAGCAGCACACGCAGCACACAACGCAGCAUAGGGAAUACUCAGAGCUUCCUUCACAGCAGCAAGCGCAGCACCCACAACAGCAGCACCUGCAGCAGCACCCACAGCAGCACCCACAGCAGCACCAGCAGCAGCACCAGCAGCAGCACCAGCAGCACCAGCAGCAGCACCAGCAGCAGCAGCACCCGCAACACCUGCAGCAGCAGCACCCGCAACACCCGCAGCACCCGCAGUACUCGCAGUACUCGCAGCACGCAGAUCGCGCCGUGCACGGCUCGCAGGCGGAGCGCAUCUCCCGCAGCGUGCACGGCACUCGCGCGGCCCAUGCAGAGCAGCACGGGGAGCAGCACGGAGAGCAGCACGGAGUGCAGCACGGAGAGCCGCACGGAGAGCAGCACAUGGAACACGAGCAGCACGGGGCGCAUCAGCAGCACGCGCAGCAGCAGCAUGCGCAACACACGGAGCCGCACAGGAGCGACAUGGAGCUGCCCUCGUCCUCUGCGCACCAACAGCGCUCGGACCUGGGGCAGCUGCUGCUGAUGGCUCCGGAGCAGAGGAGACUCCACGGGGGCCACGGAGGUCACGGGGGUCACGGGGGCCACGGGGGCCACGGGGGCCACGGGGGUGCCGUCGGUGUUGGAGACGACAGGCUCUGGGCCGGCAUCCCGGAAUCGAUGGCGCUGGCCGGCUUUGCGCAGACCAGCGCCGUGGCCCUCGGCGUCGCCGGACUCAUGAGCCUCUCCCAGUACGAUCCGUACCGGGACGCGGGCCCCGCAGCCGGCACGGACGGCCGGGGCCACGCCUCCGAGUCGGACGCGAGCCGCUACGCGAGGCCGGACCGGGGUCGGGGCCCCGCGAUGGGCGCGGCGCCGCCCGGCGAGUACGUGCCGGCCGGCGACGAGUACGAGGCGGAGAUCAAACGGCGACGGUUUUAGGCGAGCAAGGAACGGAAGAAAAAAGAAAUGGUCUUGCUUCUGGAUCUACUCGUACGGCCGUGGGUACUCGCGGUCGUGUUGCCGUGCAUACGUUCCUUUCUGUCGCACCGUACGUAGCCGACCGUGCUAAGUGGGGGAGGCAUGCCGCGCGCGUGCGUGUGUGCGCGUAUGUCUUUUUCGGGUUGUGCCCGCGCGUCGUUCCGCGGCGCGAUGUGUCCGACGUUUCGCGCCGGAAGCCGAGUUGAGUUCCUGAAGGAGCCCCCCAGCACGUGGAGAGAAACGUCGGACAUCGUGCCGAAGAGCACAACCCCCGAAAACACGUUGGAGAAUGGUGGAUCUUUCUCUCCCAUGAGUAGUGAAAGAACUGUGGUGGCGGUGGUGAUGAUGAGUUAAAAAAUAUGUGUACGUAAUUACAUGUUUGAGAGAGAGAGUGUGUGUGUGUGUGUGCAUAAUAGCAGUCGUGUAGCGGUUAGCGCUAAGCUGCGCAGUGAACCCGACGGCCCGAGUUCGAUUCCCGCUCACGGCCAACACCAGCGACGAUUUCUGAACCUGUCCUGGGCCUUCCCUAGGUCGACUCAGCCUCAAAUGAGUACCUGGUGCGAUGUGUCGUAAACAUCGCCACUAGGGAGACAAAGGCGGCCGGCCGGGCGUAGUGCUGGCCACCCACCCCCACGUGUAUUGUUCCGGCCUUCAUAAUUGCUCGCUAACAGCACUUGCCCCAACAGUCUGUUAAGGCUAUACGGGGGAUCUUUGUGAAUAAUUUAGAGAUCUGUCAUGCAGCGGUGAGUGCUCCGGGCUACGAACCCGGCAACCCAAGUUAAAUUCUCAGCCGUUGGUUAAAAUCACUGCUGGUUAUUUGAACCGCUCCUGGUCCUCGUCCCGAGGUAGACUCAGCCUUAACUGAGUCCUGGGUGUGGUGUGUAAACAUGAGAAAUGGGAAGACAAAGGUGGUUGGAUGUGGCGCUGGCCACACCCACCCCCCCCCCCCCCCCGCGUGGCCGUGGGGGCGUGGAUCUUCGUCUUGGUCUGCGUGUGGCUUCUGGUGGCAUUCACGGGCUGCCGAGGCUCUUACCACCAACUCGGCAACCCGCGACCGCCACUUGUCCUGGCGGCGCCACGCGGCCCUUCGAACCUCCCGAGUGCAGGCUGCGGGUGAGGCCCCGACGUGGGAUGUUGGAGACGGUGGGAGCGGCGGGCAUGUCCCUUUCAACUCGGCUAGCCAGGAACGCUUCCUGCGCCAGCCCAGGCUCUCCGGGGAGGCCCGGACCGCGUAACCCAAUGCAGCCGCUGCGGCCCUGUGAGCCACGGUCCUAAACUUCGCCCGUCAGGAGGAGGGGGGGGCAGGACGGUGCCGAGCCGAAGCCGAGGCCGCUGUGGGUUCGAGUCGGGGUGGUUAAAAAUUGCGCUUUGCGUUGCUGUUGACUAACCGCGUGAAACGAACUCGCGAACAAUCGGUUACCGCUUGGUCGCGACGCCAGCCAAUGUCCACAGCUGUAAAAAUCACGUUUGUGACCUCUUAACUGUGUAAUGGUCAACGCACUGGAAUCCACCCCCACCCCCUCCCUCCCGUCACCGCUUCUGUCGGCUCUGCAGCGUGAACGGGUUCAUCGCGGUAGAUCCCUGGGCCGUGUGUCCUGUGGGAUAAACGUGUGGGUGUGCCGCCCCCACUUUUCCCAAGGUUCGUGGAGGAAGUCGGCCGGCCACCCUCCUAGGCAGAGCUCCCUGUGCGGUCCGCGCGUGUGCGCCAAUCGGGCCAGGUUCCGCUAUACGUACGUGCGUACAGUGGAACUUCUUUCACACCGUACAUAGCCAGCCGUGCUAAACGGAAGAUGGGUGAGUGUGUGGGUGGGUGAGUGACUAUGUGAGUGGGUGAGUGACUUUGUGAGUCUACGUAUGUACGUACGUUAAACUUCUUUCGCACCGUACAUAGCCAGCAGUGCUAAACGGAGGAUGGGUGAGUGUGUGAGUGGGUGAGUGACUUUGUGAGUGACUUUGUGAGUGGGUGAGUGACUAUGUGAGUGACUUUGUGAGUCUACGUAUGUACGUACAUUCAACUUCUUUCCCACCGUACGUAGGCCAAACGCGCUAAUCGGAUCGCGCUGGUAGCGGUUACCGGGUUAGCGGUUGUCGCUGAGCAACCCUGCAGGUUGCAGUGUCCUCCAUGGUUGACGCCCUCCUCCGCAGAGUUGCAGUGGCAGGCACCGCGGUACGGACCCAGCACACCUGGGUUCGACUCCCAGACGUGAUGCUCGACAUCGGCACCAAGUGGUACCUACCUUCCCGUGGGCCUCCCCCUAGGUUAACUCGGCCUUAAAUUACCAGCUGGUGUACUGUGCACUGGAGAGAAGCAAAGGUGGCCGGGCCAGAGCUACAGUAUCACCCCCCCCCCCCCGCCUUCUUCUUGCCAGCCUUAAUAGGUGCUCGCAAACAGCACCAGAACCCAUGCUGUACGAGGCUCUCUCUCUCGAGAGAGAGAGUGUGUGUGAUCGUGUCUAUGUGCGCCUACGUGUACGCGCGCAGGGCUGUGGUGCGCGACGCUCGUUGUCUUUGUCAGACGGUGCGGCGAGUCGGUCUUCGCCGGGGAUCGGUGCCAGGGAAGGCCGCUGCUUCCCCUCGCACACUCGGCUCGGCCCACUCCAACUCCCCCUCCUCAAACAAGCGCGUUCAACAACAUUGUGGGUGUGCGUACGCGCGCAAGGUGGCCGGAGGCUAGCACAGCUGGGGAUUAUUGAAUCCAUCUGUGCGGAGGUCCGAGUGCUACCCCCACCGCCCGACGCGUGCGUUGAUGGGUUGUCUGCGGGGUAGGGGGGGGCGGAACUCUCACGCGAUGGCAUUCGUGGACAAACGCCCCCAAUGCAGCAGCAGCAGCAGCAGCAGCAGGACACCGCCUGAGAAGCAAAGACUCGUGCGAGGCUUUCCCCAACGUAAAGACUGCGAGUGUGCGGCAGCUUGCGAACAAGGGGAUUGACAGGACGGGUGCAGAGUAUUCGUUGCGGACGUUUGUUGCGAGCCGCUGUUAGGUAGAGACGACGUCGUUUGGCGAUGCCGCACGGGCGGCGAUGCACGUGUCCGAACAGCAGCACUCGCCGACGGGGACGCCAGCGGAAAAGUCGCCACGUGAAGCGAGCGCACGAAGACAAAGAUCCCCCAUAUAGCCUUAGCAGACGUGGGCCAAGUGCUGUUAGCGAGCACCGAUGAAGGCCGGUAGGGCACACACGAGGAGGUGGGUGGCCAGCACCACGCCCGCCCGCCGUUGCCCCCCAAGUGGCGGUGUGCACGCCCCGGCAUCUCGUGCGAGGCCGAGUCGGCCUCUAGCGAGGAUGCGCCGAGCGCCGCAGGCCGCCAGCGAGCGCUGCGGAUGAAGCCCUCGCAGGUUGCGGAGCCUCUGGUGCGAUCAGCGCCGCGUCCUUGGUUUGAGUUUCCUUCUGGAGAGCCGCCGCGGUGCCGGGUCACGGGUCGCGGGGGUUCGCGGCGGUGCCGGGUCGCGGCGGUGCCGGGUCGCGGCGGUGCCGGGUCGCGGCGGUGCCGGGUCGCGUCUGCGAUGCGGUGGGGACUCGCGUGGCUUGUGGCAAAAUACAACUGGGGAGCAUCUGGUAAGGGGGUUGGUCGGUGUUGGAAAAACUCGCCACGUGACACACCCACGCGUGUGGGUGAGCUACUACUACUGUUAUUAUUUUGUUGUUGUUUAAAGUACCCGCCCGCCACGUUCGCAUUUCCCCGUCUUGAUUGCGGGCCGCACGGGGACUGGGUUCACGUCUACGCCGAAUGUCCGGUGCCCCCGGGGGAGCGAGAAUCCGCCCAGCGCCCUCCGGUGUCGUGAACAAACCCUGCGCGUGCCGAGCGGUGCCGAAUCGUGCACCUGUCCCUGGGGGGGGGGGGGUUAUUUUUUA